UAAUUAAAGAAUGAGGAUUGUUGCAUGAGAAUCUUUUCUCUGAAUGGCUGGGGCACUACAACGCUUACUCAACUCGGCUUGGCUUGUUAGCUUCGUUUCUCCACGAUUAGGAUUAGCUUCCUCGCCUUUUUAUUAUUCAUCUCACUCACACUCACUCACUUCCACGCUCAGAUUCCAUUCUCUCUAUCCUAAAAGAUUGCCAAAACUAUUUGCUAUGGAGGGUUCUAAAGGGGAUUCAGGAAAGGAUCUGCCAUUGGGGUUGGAUGCAGAAACUGAGGAAGAAUACGCUUUGCAGUCUAAGCUACUUCAAGAAUUUACUAGCAUCUCCAACAUUGAUAAGGCAUGGACUUUUAAGUCUGGCAGCGGGAUAAACUCCCAGGCAAUGGUUUUAGUCAGUCAGCCUAACCUUUUGGCAAAUAAGAGGAGAAAAUUUAUUCUUUCCACUGAAAUUUCAAAAGAAAGUACCACUUCUGUGAACUUUCGAUGGGCCCCCUUUCCUGUUGAGAUGACAGGAGUUUCUGCAAUUGUGCCAUCGCCAUCCGGUGCCAAGCUUUUUGUUGUUCGGAAUUCUGAAAAUGAAUCUCCUUGUCAAAUUGAAAUUUGGAGUUCAUCUCAGCUGGAGAAGGAAUACCAUGUUCCCCAAUCUGUUCAUGGUUCAAUAUACACAGAUGGAUGGUUUGAGGGCAUUUCUUGGAACUCUGAAGAGACUCUCAUCGCUUAUGCUGCGGAAGAGCCAUCUCCCACCAAGCCAACAUUUAACAAGCUAGGCUAUAAGAAAGGCGGUUCAUCGGAUAAGGACUAUGAUAGUUGGAAAGGACUAGGGGAAUGGGAGGAGGACUGGGGUGAGACCUAUGCUGGAAAAAGGCAGCCUGCACUUUUUGUCAUUAAUAUUAAUAGUGGUGAGGUACAAGCUGUUAAAGGAAUUGAGAAAUCCGUGAGUGUUGGUCAAGUUGUAUGGGCUCCAUCAAUUAGUGGAUCAGAUCAAUAUUUGGUUUUUGUUGGGUGGUCUUCAGAUAAGAGAAAGCUUGGAAUAAAAUACUGCUAUAACAGGCCUUGUGCAUUAUAUGCAAUCAAGGCGCCAUUUUAUGAAACGAAAACCAAUAAAGAUGACCAUAAAGAUAGUUUAACUGAAGAUGUGCCUGCGGUCAAGCUAACACAAAGCAUAAGUAGUUCCUUUUUUCCACGGUUCAGCCCAGAUGGAAAAUCCCUUGUGUUUUUAUCUGCACGUAGUUCUGUGGAUUCUGGAGCACAUUCAGCGACCGAAUCCCUUCACAGGAUCGAAUGGCCAACAGAUGGAAAUCUGUCCUCAUCUUUGAAAAUUGUUGAUGUGAUUCCUGUUAUAAUGUCUGCUGAAGAUGGUUGCUUUCCUGGGCUUUACUGCUCAAGUUUCCUGAGUAAUUCAUGGCUUUCUGAUGGCUGUACAAUAAUUUUAACUUCCAUCUGGGGCAGUAGUCAAGUGUUACUUUCUGCAAAUGUAUUAAGUGCAGAAGUAUCGCGUAUUAGCCCUACAGACUCCAGUUUUUCGUGGAAUCUUCUUGCAUUGGAUGGAGACAACGUUGUUGCAGUUUCUAGCAGUCCAGUAGAUGUUCCUCAAAUCAAGUAUGGGCAUCUUACUGUUAAUGAAACUAAGAAUGCUACAUGGGAUUGGUUAGAUGUAUCAAGCCCCAUUGUUAAAUGCCCUGAGAAGGUUAAAUCUUUGCUGUCAAAUCAGCAGUUUGAUAUUAUGAAGAUUCCAGUGAAGGAUGUGUCUGAUAGCUUGACCGAUGGAGCUAGGAGACCUUUCGAAGCAAUAUUUGUGUCCUCCAAAACUAGAAUAAACGAUUCAUGUGAUCCACUGAUUGUAAUGCUUCAUGGUGGUCCUCAUUCUACAUCAUUGACUAGUUUUUCAAAGUCAAUGGCAUUCCUCUCUUCAAUUGGAUUCAACUUGUUGAUUGUCAAUUAUAGAGGAUCCUUGGGAUUUGGUGAGGAAGCUCUGCAAUCUCUACCAGGCAAAAUUGGGACCCAGGAUGUCAAUGAUGUACUCACGGCUAUAGAUCAUGUCAUUGACCUUGGAAAAGCCGAUCCAUCAAAAAUAACUGUUCUUGGUGGUUCCCAUGGUGGCUUUCUCACAACCCACUUAAUAGGCCAGGCACCGGAAAAAUUUGCUGCUGCAGCAGCAAGGAAUCCAGUUUGCAACCUUGCAUUGAUGGUUGGCACAUCUGAUAUCCCAGACUGGUGCUUUGUAGAGACCUAUGGAAGUGAGGGGUUAAACUAUUUCACUGAAGCACCUUCAGCUGAACACUUGAUCGCCUUUCAAAUGAAGUCUCCUAUUUUCCACAUCUCGAAGGUCAAGACACCUACACUUUUCCUUUUGGGUGCCAAAGAUCUUCGAGUUCCAAUUUCAACUGGAUUGCAAUAUGCUCGAGCACUAAAGGAGAAAGGAGUUGAUGUCAAAACUAUCGUGUUUCCUAAUGAUGUUCAUGGAAUUGAAAGGCCACAAUCUGACUUUGAGAGUUUUCUAAACAUUGGGGUUUGGUUCAAGAAGUACUGCAAAUAAACUUGCUCUCUGAUUUGCUUUACACCUGAGUAAUAUUUGGCACACAGUGGUUAAAAUAAAGUACAGGUGUAUUAUUUGAAGGAAAUUUAGGACUUGGAAUAGCUGUAAGCUUAUCACCAAAUUUGACCAUUUCUUAUUAAGGUGAUAUCUAUAUGUCCUAUUCCAUCUUGUAAAACAUUCUAUCUCAAUAAUGUAUAUUCUUUUCUUCUUCA